UGUUUGCGUUUCCGGCCGGAGGCUUUUGUCCCGCGCCCCUCGUCCCUGGGGGGCGGUGGCGACGGCGCAGGCUGCGGAGGCACCUGGGGGUCCGGAAGUCAACACCAUGUCGAGUCUGCACAAGAGCCGGAUUGCAGAUUUCCAGGAUGUCUUGAAGGAGCCCUCAAUUGCAUUGGAAAAGCUUCGGGAACUCAGUUUUAGUGGCAUCCCCUGUGAGGGCGGACUGCGGUGCCUCUGCUGGAAGAUUCUCUUGAACUACCUCCCCCUGGAGAGAGCCUCAUGGACCUCCAUUCUGGCCAAGCAGAGGGAGCUAUACUCUCAGUUCCUGAGGGAAAUGAUCAUCCAGCCUGGCAUUGCCAAGGCCAACAUGGGUGUGUCCAGGGAGGAUGUGACCUUUGAGGAUCAUCCCCUCAACCCCAGCCCCGACAGUCGGUGGAACACAUACUUCAAGGACAAUGAGGUGCUGCUGCAGAUCGACAAGGAUGUUCGGAGGUUGUGCCCCGAUAUAUCCUUCUUUCAGAGGGCCACCGAGUACCCUUGCCUCCUCAUCCUGGACCCUCAGAAUGAAUUUGAGACCCUUCGUAAGCGAGUGGAACAGACGACGCUGAAAUCCCAGACGGUGGCCCGGAACCGGAGUGGGGUUACAAAUAUGAGUUCCCCACAAAAGAAUUCCACAUCAUCAUCCCAGAACAAGUAUGAGGUGCUGCCCAACGGCUGUGAGGCCCACUGGGAGGUGGUGGAGCGGAUACUGUUCAUCUAUGCCAAGCUCAACCCUGGCAUUGCUUAUGUGCAGGGCAUGAACGAAAUUGUGGGGCCCCUCUACUAUACCUUUGCCACUGACCCCAACAGCGAGUGGAAAGAGCAUGCUGAGGCGGAUACCUUUUUCUGCUUUACCAACCUCAUGGCUGAGAUCCGAGACAACUUCAUAAAGAGCCUGGAUGACUCCCAGUGUGGCAUCACCUACAAGAUGGAAAAGGUGUACUCCACCUUGAAGGAUAAGGACGUGGAACUCUACCUGAAACUGCAAGAGCAGAACAUCAAGCCCCAGUUCUUUGCCUUCCGGUGGCUGACACUGCUGCUGUCCCAGGAGUUUUUGCUGCCUGAUGUCAUCCGGAUCUGGGACUCCCUCUUCGCUGAUGACAGCCGCUUUGACUUCCUACUUCUCGUCUGCUGUGCCAUGCUCAUCCUGAUCCGGGAGCAGCUGCUGGAAGGGGACUUUACCGUAAACAUGCGGCUUCUGCAGGAUUACCCCAUCACAGAUGUCUGCCAGAUCCUACAGAAAGCCAAGGAGCUCCAAGACUCAAAGUAGCCUGGCAGCCAGAGGCCAAGGUUUGGUUGGGAGAGCAGCCAUCGGACCCUGGUGACCUUGCUCUGGGGACAUGCAGAAGCCUGUGGGACCCCAGCCCAGGGGGAAGCUGCAGGAUCGAUCCAUUCCAGGCCUUCUCACCCUGGCUCCCUCUGCCCAGGCCGCUCCCACUGGGGGCACACUGUGCCGGGCUCCUUCCCUGCCCACCAAGCCCCAGCUCCCUGCCUGCUCUUCAGCCCUGUGACCUUUGCUCAGGCCACUGAGCAGGGUUGGGCUUGGAAUGUUCUCUUUUCUGGGACCAGGGGCCAUGUGGAGGCACAGGGAGGUUGGCAGGGGCCCCUUUCUGCCUUGGGUCCUGCCUCUGGGCGCUGGUCAGGGAGGUGCUUGGCAGAUGGGCCAGAAACCACUUCUGAGGGUUGGUGCUUAGGCGUCUCUGGGGGAAAGUGACCCUGAGGGCACUAAGCAGCUGCCAGGCCCAGGUCACACCCUCUGUGUGUCUCCUAAUAAGCAUGUCUGUCUGGUAGUGUUAGUGUGUAUGUAUACUGGAAUUCCCCAGGUGUGUCUGCUUCUGCGUGUGUGUGUGUGUGCGUGUGUGUGUGUCUGUCUGAAUCACACUUGGUCUCUGCUUCUCCUCGGCCUCUCUACCUCUGUCUCCCUCCACCUCUGUUGAAGUGGGUGUGUGUACCUUGUCUCCGUUACUCUCCCUCUGCUGCUCUCUCUUGGGGUGCCUUAUCCUGAGCCUCUUCCCUUUUCUCCUUCCCUCCACUCCUGUGAACCUGGGAGACAGAAUGAGGUGUCUGGCUCAGCAAGGACCCUGGAGGUCAGCCUGGGACUUUGUAUUCUGUUCACACCCUACAACCCAAGAAUUCCAGGUUACCGGACCGGGAAAAAGUUCUCAAUGCCUCACUAGAGGGCCCUGAAUGCACUUCCCAUAAUAGGAAUCUUAGAAACCAGAAGCUGCUGAGAAUUGAUGAUGCUUUGAGCCUCUUUCCCCUGCUUUCUGCCUAUGGAGGAAGAAGGAAAGCCAGGUUUUUCUGAAAGUACUCCCAAAGGCCCUCUUGUCCCAAAGGAAAAGGACACUAAGGUGAUUCCAUACCUAGGGUUGGAAUCCAAGUGCUUCAAGAGUUGUCAUUCCUUUGGCCUUCAGGUCCCAGCACAGACUGGUGAGUCCCACGAAGGGCAGGUGGGACCUGGCACACCCCAGGCCAUGUGUAGCUGAGCAUCAAAGUCCGGGUCCUGUUGGUGCCAGGAGGGCCAUGGCUGUGCCUCUUUGUGUCUCUGCCCCAUGGAGCCUGAGGCUGCUGCCACACUUUUCUGGGCACCUGUUGGGCUGUUCGCAGAGUUGGAGCAGGUGGUCCAACUUGCAGGUGUUGACUCUUCCCAGUUCUGGGAGGAGGGCUGCUGACCAGGUUCCCUCCUUCUGUGAGCAGGGCAGGUGGUUUGGGUCUGGAGGCCAUCCUCUUCUCAGACUGGCCAGCUGGAGCCAGGCCCCAACAGCCUUCCCGAGUCUGGCAAGCAAGACUUCUCGCUGCCCUCUCAGGCCUGGCUGUGGGUCAGAAUCACCUUCCCUCAGGUGGCUUGGAUGCUGCUGGGAAUUUAUACACUUGCCAUUCUCCUCCUCCUCCGAACACGGUUUUGGGAGAUUUUUUUUUUUUUUUGUGGAGACAGAGUCUCACUUUAUGGCCCUCGGUAGAGUGCCGUGGCCUCACACAGCUCACAGCAACCUCCAACUCCUGGGCCUAAGUGAUUCUCCUGCCCCAGCCUCCCGAGUAGCUGGGACUACAGGCGCCCGCCACAAUGCCCGGCUCUGGUUUUGGGAGAUUUUUACUAUUUAUUGAGAUUCCUGGUUAUUUAUUGCAUAUUGGCAAGUGCUUUGGGGAUGAGAAGUGGGGCUGGGAAGGUAGAAAGGAGCUGGAGACAUAGUCCUUUUUUAUUUCCCAAGGUCAAAAUUGGUAUCUUUUUUUCCCUGCCCCUGGACUUUCCUGGUUUUCCAAACAGGAAGAUGGUUGGAAGGGCUCUGCUGUCUCUGUAUAGGAACUGAGUAUAAGGGAGUGAAGAGAGGUGAUGUCCUUCCCAGACUCAAGGACCCCUGGGAUGAGACCAAGACACACUGCCUCCCACCACCCUUGCCCAGCCUCUACCCAGAACUUGUCAGCUGGUGGUUCAGCCCCAUUUUGACCCCUUCACAGCCUGAGGCUUGGGCUACCGUCUGGUACCCAGCAGACACUGCCCAGGACACCUGAUGCAUUCCCUCUGGCCUAUCUCCACCCUCUCCUGGGACCAUACUACUUGAAUCACUGCAUCUGAUUUGCCUCUGGCAGCGCUGGAUCCAGUGGUCUCUCUUUGACCUUAAGAUGAAGGUGGAGAGCUCAGGGACCAUGUCUAGGUUAGGCUGAGCUCCCAGUGAUUCUGCCUGAGGCAAGGACUUGCCCCUUGGUGAGUUCUCCCCAGAUUUUCAUGGGAGGUGCCCCUCAGAGCCCCAGUGCCUGAGGCUUCCUGCUUGAGAAGCUGUUCCCAGCUUCGGACACUUACAGAUUGAGCUGUAAGAACCCAGCAGGUCUCACUCCAGAGUCAGAUUGUUAGUCUGCUUUUGUUUUUUCAUCUAUUUUGUUCCUUUCUUGAAUCAGUGCUGUUGAUGACAAGUCUUUAAUAAAUCAUGUAUUCUUCUCAAAAAAAAUAAUAAAUAAAUCAUUUAUUCUUUGCAGUGUGCACUAGUGUUCUCAUGGGCAUUGACCUCAUGGAGCAGGGAACAAAGUUUGAGCAGGGAUGGAAUCAGUCUCUUGGAGUGGUCACAGAAAAAGGUCAUGAAAGCUGGGCAUGGUGGCUCAACACCUAUAAUCCUAGCACUCUAGGAGGCCAAGGUGAUGAAUUGCCUGAGCUCACAGGUUCGAGUUCAGCCUGAGCCAAA